AACGAAAAGACUUCAACCCAUUUUAUCAACUUUGCCCCAAAAAUUUCUGAGACCCAAUUAGCCAAAGUUGGAUCAUUUUAUUAACUUUGGCCCAUAAAAGUUUUUCCCUUGGCGCGAAAAAAUUGAAGUCGUCUUAAAUCUUCAAAGAAUCAAACUUUGCUUUCCACCACGGCCGCCAUGAAAUCCUUGACUCUCAAAAUUUCCAGAUCCUUUUCUCUGAUUUGCUUUAACAGAACCCAUUCAUCAUCUUCCCAAACCCAACUAAACAAACCUCUAAUUGAGAAAACUUUCUUCAAGUCCAACACCAAAGACGGCCUCAUAAGCCGCUUGUGCAAGGACGGAAAAUUCAAAGAAGCCAUAGACAUUCUUUGCGAGCAAAAGCGCUUGGCAGAAGCGGUUCAGUUGCUCAACCGAAUAGAUAGGCCCUCUGCUUCUAUAUACUUGACCCUGUUGCAGCUUUGUCUUCAACAACGAGCUCUUGUGCAGGGCAAAUUGGUCCAUGCCCACACAAAAGUGUCUGGGUUCGUGCCCGGGCUGUUCAUUUGUAAUCGUUUAAUUGAUUUGUAUGCAAAAUGUGGGAGUCUUGUGGAUGCCCAGAAGGUUUUUGAUGAAAUGGCUGAGAGAGAUUUGUGUUCUUGGAAUACUAUGAUUUCUGGGUAUGCCAAAGUAGGGCAGCUUGGUGAAGCUAGGAAACUGUUUGGUGAAAUGCCUGAGAAAGAUAAUUUUUCUUGGACCGCAAUGAUAUCAGGGUAUGUUCGCCAUGAAAGGCCUAAAGAGGCUUUGCAGUUGUAUAGGACUAUGCAAAGGCACGAGAAUUCAAAGUCUAAUAAGUUCACCGUGUCUAGUGCUCUAGCUGCGUCUGCAGCCAUCCAGAGUUUAAGAUUGGGGAAGGAGAUUCAUGGUUAUAUAAUGCGAACUGGGUUGGACUAUGAUGAGGUGGUUUGGAGUGCCUUGUCAGAUAUGUAUGGAAAAUGUGGGAGUAUAGAGGAAGCUAAGCGCAUUUUUGAUAAGAUGGUGAAUCGAGACGUUGUUUCGUGGACAGCCAUUAUUGAUAGAUAUUUUGAGGAUGGGAAGAGGGAAGAGGGAUUUGCUUUGUUCUCGGAGUUGAUGAAGUCGGGCAUUAGGCCGAAUGAUUUCACCUUUGCAGGGGUUUUGAAUGCCUGCGCUCAUCAUGCCGCUGAGAACCUGGGCAAGCAAGUUCAUGGGUACAUGACACGGAUAGGAUUUGACCCCUUGUCGUUUGCAUCAAGUGCCCUUGUUCAUAUGUAUUCGAAGUGUGGAAACACAGUGAAUGCAAAUAAGGUGUUUAAAGGGAUGCCCCAUCCAGAUGUGGUUUCAUGGACUUCCCUGAUCGUCGGAUAUGCUCAGAAUGGUCAACCUUAUGAGGCUCUUCAGUUGUUUGAAUUGUUACUUAAAUCAGGUACUAAGCCUGAUCACAUUACUUUUGUAGGUGUUCUUUCCGCUUGUACUCAUGCUGGCUUAGUUGAAAAAGGACUUGAAUAUUUCCAUUCAAUUAAGGCAAAACAUGGUUUAGCACAUACUGCUGAUCACUAUGCCUGUGUAGUUGAUUUAUUGGCUCGAGCUGGCCAAUUUGAAGAAGCUGAGAAUUUUAUCGAUAAAAUGCCAAUGAAGCCGGAUAAGUUCUUGUGGGCUUCCUUAAUUGGUGGUUGUAGAAUUCAUGGAAACCUCAAGCUGGCAAAGCGAGCUGCAGAAGCAUUGUUUGAGAUAGAACCUGAGAAUCCUGCUACUUAUAUUACUCUAGCCAACAUUUAUGCUACUGGUGGCAUGUGGGAUGAAGUAACAAAGGUCAGAAAAACAAUGGAUGAAAGAGGGGUAAUAAAGAAACCAGGUUUGAGUUGGAUUGAGAUCAAGAGAGAGGUGCAUGUUUUCUUAGUAGGAGACAAGUCCCACCUGAGAUAUGAUGAAAUACAUUUCUUUUUGCAUGAGCUUUCAAAGAGGAUGAAGGAAGAAGGGUAUGUCCCCGACACAAAUUUUGUGCUGCAUGAUGUUGAGGAGGAGCAGAAAGAGCAGAACCUCUCCUACCACAGUGAGAAGCUUGCAGUUGCGUUUGGCAUCAUUUCUACUCCACCAGGAACACCAAUCAAGGUUUUUAAGAAUUUAAGAACAUGUGUAGAUUGCCAUACUGCAAUUAAAUUUAUUUCUAAGAUUGCUAACAGAAAAAUAAUAGUGCGGGAUUCAAAUCGGUUCCAUUGUUUUGAGGAUGGGAACUGCUCAUGUCGAGACUAUUGGUAAUAUGAAUCACCGAGUCGUCUGUAAAGCAUUUGAGUCCUACCACAGAAUGCGAUCUGGGAAUUUUCUUCGUAUUGUUCUGAGUCAAAAGGACUAGAUCACAUAUGGUGGAUUGAUUGAGCUUAGGAGAAAGAAAUUGAAAUCCGAGUUUAUCGGUCUGCUAUGAGGUCUUGGAAAUAGCUGGGGACUGCUUUAAAUGAGGCCUCAAUGGUAAAUCGCCGUAUUAACAUCAAUUAGGCUUCAUUGUUUGAUCGUAUGAGAAGAAUGGAACCAAUACCCAUUCAGACUUGAGAAUU